ACACUAAGUUUUCAUCUAAGUCAAACCGAGUGCACGCGUCCACCGUGCGUAAAAGUCCACUAUGCCGACCAAGAACGUUGUUGUGGAGCGGAUCUCCAAAUUCAAGAACAAGGGCAAAGAUCCGGCAAAACUCCGAGAGAAAAGGAUCACAGUGUGCGUGGAGCUGCGCAAAGCUCACAAGGAUGAAAGUUUCCUGAAGAGAAGAAACAUCACACUGUCAUCUCUCCCGGACGAGGAGGCCCUCUCCCCUACCUACAUCUCCAACGAGAUGGUGGCCGCUUUACCCAUGGAGGAAAUCAUUAAAGACGUCAACUCCGACUGCAAAGAGGCACAGGCCCGAGGCUGUCAGGCAGCCAGGAAGCUGCUGUCUCAGGAGCGUAACCCUCCUCUGAAGGAGAUCAUAGAUGCGGGCCUGCUGUGCCGCUUUGUGUCCUUCCUGUCUAUGGAUGAUGAGCCGACUCUGCAGUUUGAAGCAGCUUGGGCUCUUACAAACAUCGCCUCUGGAACAUCUUGGCACACUCAACAGGUGGUGGAGCACGGGGCUGUACCAGCAUUCAUCGCUUUGCUGGCUUCACCAAUGUUGCACAUCAGUGAGCAGGCUGUCUGGGCUCUUGGAAACAUAGCAGGUGACGGCGCAGCUUAUCGAGACAUCCUGAUUGACUGCAAUGUUAUCCCGGCCUUACUUGCCCGCAUCUCCCCAGACACACCAAUUGGCUACCUGCGUAACCUGACAUGGACACUGUCCAACCUGUGUCGAAAUAAGAACCCGUUUCCGCCCUUGUCUGCGGUGCUGCAGGUGCUUCCAUCUCUGAUCCAGUUGCUCCAUCUCAGUGAUAAGGACAUCUUGUCUGAUGCAUGCUGGGCCAUCUCCUACCUCUCAGACGGUGACAAUGACCGCAUCGAUGUUGUGGUUAAAACUGGCAUCGUCCCUCGACUGGUAGAGCUCUUGAGUCAUGAAGAGCUCAGUGUCGUGACCCCGGCUCUCCGCUCCAUCGGGAACAUAGUGAGUGGCUCAGACCUGCAAACCCAGGUGGCGGUCGAUGCCGGAGUUCUGCAAGCCCUGCCUCAACUGAUGAGGCACCCGAAGCCCAGUAUACAGAAAGAGGCAGCGUGGGCAUUAUCCAACAUUGCUGCAGGACCCUGCAAGCAAAUCCAACAACUCAUCACCUGCGGCCUGCUCCCUCCUCUGGUGGAGCAGCUCAGAAAUGGAGACUUCAAAACUCAAAGGGAGGCAGUGUGGGCGGUGACAAACUUUACCAGUGGCGGCACUGUGGAGCAGGUGGUCCAUCUGGUGCAGAGCGGGGCCCUGGAGGCCAUCAUCAACCUGUUGCAGGUCAAAGAUGCUAAAGUCAUCCUGGUCAUACUGGAUGCCAUCAACAACAUGUUCAUGGCAGCAGAGAAACUCGGUGAGACGGAGAAACUCAGCCUGCUGGUUGAAGAGCUGGGAGGACUGGACCGCAUUGAGAUGCUGCAAAACCAUGACAACCACAUGGUGUACCAGGCUGCUCAUAACCUCAUCGAGAGGUACUUUGGUGACGAUGAGGUCGUGGGAGUCAAAGUUGACAGUACUGAUGAUGCUUUUGUAUUUAAGGCCCCUGAUGUUCAGAGAACCUUUGAAUUUUAAACUUAAAUAUUUGUAUGUAUUGU